AGAAAGAAGCAUACAGGAAGCGUUUUGCUCAGUGUCGUAGCAGCGGGAAGUUUAAGUUUACCGCAGUCAACACGAUGAAGAGUCAGAGUCGCGUCUUCGCUGCUCUACCCACUGCUGAGUUCACAGAAAUAAAAGAAAACCAGCAGGGACUCGAACCGAAAGCGGUGACCGGCCAGGUGCGGGAGGUCCAAGUCACCGGGGCCGCGGAAGCUUCGUGUCCGGCCGACCGAGCGUCGAUGCGGUUCAGUGUGACCAGCAGCAAGGAGUCAGCCGGUGAGGUGACCGUUAGCGUCACACGGCGACUCGACUACAUAUUACAGGCUCUCAGACAACAUGGGAUCAGAGGGGAGGACACGUCAGUGAGGAAGUUUCUUCAACGAAACGCUGACACUUACUGCAUGGAUGCGGAGGUUGUUGUCGUGUUCUCCAAUUUUGAGAAGAUGGAACAAAUCCGUAGCGUCCUCCUGGAAAAGCUGGAUAAGAGCGUCUUCGUUGGGACACCGCUGUUCUACCACAGUCCUGAAUGUUUGGGUCAAAUCAGGCAGCGUGCGUGUGUGUCCGCUGUUGAAAAUGCUCAGCAGAAGGCCAGCAAGAUCAGUCAAGUCUUGGGCCAAAGUCUGGGGCCUCCUCUCCUGGUGAGAGAGAAGGAGACCAGGGAGUGGAAGGUGGAGGAGGAGGAGGAGCAGCGUUCAGCGCCUCACAUACCCGUAGUCACUGCCUCCUCCUGCGUCUCCGUCUCCUUCAGCUUCAGAGACCGAAACAGGAAAAAGCUCUGAAGACACAGCACAGAGAACUGCAUAAAUCACUUUAUUGCACAUUUUUGAUGCUUGAACAUCAAAAGCUAAAAGAUGAUUUCAAGCAUUUUCUU